AUGGAAGACCUGGUUGCCUUGUCAGAUGAUGAGGAUUGUCCACCCCCUUUGGGGCAUCAGCUGGUAGCGCUGUCCGAUGAUGAGGCUGCGAAUGCUGAGCCAGUGCCUGCUUGCCCCGUUAGACUGAAAAAGCGGACUAGGGCAGAGGAGAACCGUUGCUUUGAAGAGGCCUCUAAGCGCUUGCACGAAAUUGUCAAGUGCAAGUGUAGGCGCAAAGCUUCGUGUAGGGAGCCGUUCAAGCAGGUUGAACAUUUUGAAGAAUGUUUGAAAGAGCGAAUGCGGUUGUCCAAGAUGCGCAAGCCCGAUGCUGAUGAGGAGAUCUACAAGAUGCUAGAGUCCCAGAAGGAAAUGGAAAAGAAUGUUUUGACACUGUGCGGGCACCGAGUGUGCCAACGCAGUUUUAGACUCUUGCUGGGCAUCGGCAAGAGCCGAGUGCGUAAGCUGCGGAAUGCGAUCAUCCACGGUCAUGAGUGUCCAUUGGACGCGAUUGAUCCAUCGGCAGCACGUGGACGGGUUGUCGAGUACCUCACCCAUUUAUACCACAAGGUGGCAGAACCGAUGCCCGAGUUGAUCAAUCCUUCCCAGCUCAAGGUGUGGGAGGAGAGCUUUCGAAAUCGAUUGGUCAUCAGGGGCAAGCACCAGCACAAGAAGUGCGGAGUCUGCGUGCGAUUGAAAUUAUUGCUACGCCGAUUGAAAAAGAGUUAUGAGGCAAAGCAGUUGCAACUCCAGGUGUACAAGAACCACCUGGAGAAGCAAUACGCAGACAGAACCACGUACUGGGAAUCACGUGGGCGUGCCCGCCUUGGAACAAACGCUGAUGGAAGCCGCCAUUUGACACUAGCACUGGAUUCAAUGGACCAUUCAAAGUUUGCCUACCCUCGUGACAUGUCAAUGACCAGCAAGGAAUUCAGUAAUUGGGUGAGGCCAACACUAUCAGUGACUGGAAUCUUGAAUCACGGUCACAGCUGCGGCCUGUAUGUAUCAGAAUGCUUUGUAUCAGCGGACUCAAGCUGGUCCUGUGAGGUGGUAUCCCACGCUUUGCAUACUGCCGCCCAAGACCCCACCAUCGACCUCAGGUCUUGUUGCCUGACUGUCAUUGGAGACAACAGCUCCAAAGAAGGCAAGAACAACAGCCUGCUCCGGCUGUUGUCGGGGUUGGUUUGCACACGGCGUUUGAAAAACGCCUGCAUGAUGUUUCUCCAAUCAGGACACAGCCAUGAAGAUUGGGAUCAAUGGUUCUCAACUUUAGCGACCCACAUGGCUUCCGUCGAAAACACACCUCUAGAAACGCCAGAUGACAUCGUCAAAUCCAUCCAAGGGUGGUUGGACAGUGGGUCGACGCGACCACAUGAAAAGCAACGAUGGUGUAUGAAGGUUGAUGAAGUCAGAGCUUGGCAACUUGAAUGGAUUAUAUGUUUUUGUUCAGGGGUUCGAUGUUUUUGA